CGGAGCUCCAGCGCCAAAGCGACCAGUCUGCGUCUGUACACUGUAGCAGUGUAGCUGUCCAAAAGCAAGAUUGCCUACCGUCUGUGUCUCGGAUUCUUGUAACUUUAGUGUUUGUGAUAAGACAUCAUAAAGGCAGAUGAAAGGUCCAGCUCUGUACACACUACUACCCAUUGUCGUCCUGACUUCAGUUCUCUUGGUUCCAGCUUGUGCUACAAAGUCCAACAAAAUGGCAUCACAGAAAACAAAAUGGGCUGAGCUGGUAGGGAAGACAGGAGAAGAAGCAAAGGCAGUCAUUUUGCAGGAAAGACCAGGAUUAAAUGUUCAAAUUCUUCCUGAAGACUCCAUGAUGACCGCAGAUUUUUGUCAGGACCGUGUCCGUAUUUUGGUAGAUGGUGCAAAGAAGGUGGUGAAAGCGCCCUCCAUUGGUUGAUUAUUGUCAAGCCAUGUCAUCUACUUAGUUGGAGUCAUUCCAUGCCUAUCAUCAUAAUAUAUUUUUUUUUGUAAAAUUUGAUGAUUAUGACUUUAUGCAAUGAUUGUAAAUUGGAACAAACAAAGAUUCAAGUAUUACAAAUUAAAAAUCUUUUCAAGUCAGAGAAACAAUUUCCGAUAGCCAAAUCCUUGCAAAUAACACUUUUAAUGGUCCAUUCUUCCAUGAUCAUACAAAUAAGAGUAAUUAUGCUAAGUACUGUUUUUUCAGAGUGUGCUGACUUAAAGAAAACCAAAACCCAAGAAGAGAAGUAAUCUUAUUGGAAAGAGUAAAAUGAGAGAAACAAUUCAAAAAAAU